UACCAGUGAAAUUAGUGAGCCUGUCACCAUUGAAGAUGAUGAUGACGACGUCCAGAUUUUGGAAGUAAUCAAUGAAACUCAGGCUGUUGACACUUGGAGAUGUGGAAAGAACUAGCCUGAGGGUGGCUUAUAUUGAUAAAAGAAGGGAAUUUACCCUCCUUUAACAAGUGUCAAAGAACAAAUAUGAACCUGAGACACCCAACAAUGUCUUCCUACUUUCAAAUGGAUUACGAUAGACCACCUCAUUCCUACAAGGAAUUGAUUAUAAAAGCAUUUGAAUUGGUUAGGUCAAAGCCAUUGGAAUUACGUGAUAUUUAUUUUCUUAUAUCGGGCAUUUUUCCAUACUACAAGCCUGGUGGUGCCUGGCAAAAUGCUGUGAGACAUGUACUUGUUUUAGAUCCUACUUUUGCUUCAGAUCCCAGAACAAAUCUUUGGCAAAUAGUUUCAAAUGUAGAGUUGCAAACAUCACUGUUUUAUCCCUCAAGGUCAUCUGUGAAUGCCCGUGGUUUUGGGAAUCAACAUCCUAUUUCUGAAUCUUCAUUGUUGAACAACCGCCUUGCUCCGUCAUCACCUGAUAAAGGAUCAUAUUUUAAUGGAAAUAUAGAAAGCACUCACAACAGUGAUGUUCAUAGUAUCUCAUUUCACUCAGCAAACGAACCACGGAUGUCUUCUCUGGAAACAUCUUACAGGUGGAUUGACCCUUACUCAGGGAUGAAUUUACCAGAGGUUUCAAAAUGGCCGUCUAAUACAUACAUGUCUAGCUUGAACGAUGAUCAACAGUCAACUCCAAGAGAAAUGCAUAGAGAUCUCCAGUAUUUUAGUCAACGAAAGUCAGAACCUGUAAAACCUGUGAGACCAAAUGCAAUUAAGAGUUAUAGUCCAGACUAUAAGCAUUCCAGUACGUUUAAACCAUAUUCACCCAACCAAACCCCAAAUGUAUUUAUGAGAAAGUUCACAGAAGAGAAUAUUUUAAGCACUCAUGCCGGCUUAAAUAUCCCAAUCAAAGGAGCUUUUAAUCGGUAUAAUGUACCUCAAAAUUCAUAUGAAACCAAGAACUUUAAGGAAGAGACCAAUUCAAAUUCUUUGAGUAGUUUCAUCUCACAAAAUGUCCAAGGUUCUGUAUCACCGUUGAGCAGUAAUUUGCCCCACACUCAAAAUCGUUAUAAAAGUGAUAUUUCUAACAGUUUUUGGCCUCAUGGAAAUUUCAACAUUUCUAAAGAGCCGUACAACCAAACUUCAAAUCAGUUGAUUAGUCUUAACAUACAUGCUUCACCUUGUCAACGGCAAACUCAAAAUGAACCUGAUUUUGAUUCUCCUUCCUCAAACUCCCAUGCUUUGCGAAAUUCAAGUCAAUUAGGUAAUACUUUUGUGAAUGAUACUGAAUUGACCGAUUGUGAUUUCUCCAGCUUUACCAAACAAAAAAAUACUUCUGCUUCCUCAUCUCAAACUAAUCCAUGUACUCCACGAGGAAAUUUCAGUUCCAGUUUGGUCUGUCCUCCAGAAAACACGUUCAACACAAAUGUGAGCAUUGAUUCACUUACUCGUAGUUCUGUCGGUGAUUUCAUCAGUAGCUUACCUGUGUUGCCUUCAUCAUUUUAUGCAUCAGCCAACAAAGCUAAUCCAGAUCAAGGAAGGACACCUCAUUCAGAAGCUUCUUUGAUUAACAUUAACAUUCACUUAUCGGCUUUAGAAAAUGCUGACACAUGUAGUAUGAUCAGUAAGCAAGUUGCCAAAAAAGUGUCUGAAAUACAAGUCAACACUACAGGCUCUAGUAGUGAUUAUCCAGAUGUAAGGAAUCAAAAUCGUGUAUUAGAAAGUACUUCUCCAUUUUCUUCUUCAGCAGAGGAAUGGUAUGAAGGUUUACCAUUCAAACUGGUUGAUACAGCUGAUAAAUUAAAACCAGUGACUAAAACUAUUUUGUCAGAGUCAUCUAAUACUAAUUCAUCAGCAGAUGGUAAUAACAGUAUUUUCCCUGCACAAGCAAACGAUUGCUCUCCACAUGUUCAUUGUGAAAUAAACAACUCUGGAAAUGUGUUGACAACAGCAAAAAGUGAUAAAGAAGUUUUCACUGAAAGAACUUUUAAUGAAAAUAUCUUAGCAGUUCCUGAUAGUUCCCACUCAUCAGUUAAAGAUAUACAAGAGUCACUUCUGGAAUCUGAUUUGAAGGAUCUUUCAUCAACAGAACACGUGUUAACCUGUCAAAAAAGUACAUCACAAAACAGCUGCUCUGCUACGGAUCCAAUUCAUACUUCUUCAGUUGGAAAUACUAUUUCCACUACAUCAACUGAGGAUAUUCCAUCCUUGUCUACAAACAAAUCUCUUCCUACUGUGAUUAAUUUGGAUUCCACUGCUAUGCCAACCCCCAACUCCACUUCCAUUCCGUCAAAUCAAAACAAAGAAAUAACACCACCUUCGAGUGUUCAAAAUGAAACCUCUAAAGAUAUUAAAUCAAUGCAUCUUGACAUUGUAAAAUCCGCAAAUAAAAUAAAACAGUGCAGUGUUUUUUUGAAAAGAAUUGAUUUAGAAACUAAAAUUAUAAAGUCUAAAAUGCCAAAAAUAAAUAUUAAUAAUGGUGAUACAGUAGAGAAAAUAACAAGCAGUGACGAAAAUACUGAAGACUGCGACGAUGCAGGAAACGAUUCAUCGCUAGUUGGUGAUAAAGGAGAUGUACAAACCCAAGGACGUACAAGGACGUGCAGGACUUUAUAUCCUGUGGAAGUAAAUGGCUAUACGAAACCGUCAUACAAUUAUUGUAGACUGAUCACACAGGCCCUGGCCACAGCUCCCUUGAGAAGAGCCUCAGGAUUACAGAUAUGUGAAUCCAUCGCUAAAAAACAUCCUUACUACGCACAUCUCACAUAUCCUGACUGGAGAACAUCUAUCUAUAGCGCUCUGAGAAACCGUAAGAAGUUUUUCACUCUAAUCGGAUCCAAUGAAAAUAACGAGUUGGUUUGGACCUUCAACCCCAAAUUCGAGCAGUAUAUGCUAGAAAAAUGGGUACCAAAGUAUGUAAAAGAAAAAGAUCAGUCCCUUUCAUCGACGAUUUGCAUGCCCUGGCUACCCAAAAACCACCCUGAUCAACCUCACAAUGCGGUUACAAGACAUGAACCUUCUACCAGUCAAUUGUCCAGUACAAGUAUGUCAGAAGACAUCGGAACUCAGGUCCCGGUGAUUAUGUUCUCUGGAACAUUAACAUCUAGUCAACCAGCCUCCCCUAAAAUUAUCGAUUGUGAUGUUUUAUGUGAUGAGCCUAACCUUAUCGCAAACGAGAAUUUGGAAAAAGACCCUUUGCAGGCUGACAAUUCUAAUCCAUCAAGUCCUGUCAUACAAAACGUUUGUACUGUCACCGAUGAUUUUAGGCCCUGGGAGCCAGAAGUAACUGUUAACGAGGAUAACCAACGAAACAGAACAGAACAAAAUGGAACUCAAAAGCCCAACUCGCCAUCUGCACCGAUAAGAGGAGCCACACCUCAGAAGUCCUCAAGAAAUUUUACUACAGACUAUGCUUUAUUAAGUUUGGACGAACAACCUACAAUUCAAAAAGAUGAAACCGUCUACAGAGCUAAUCUUCAUAAAGAUGAUACCCAACAAAAUAGAACACAACAAAAUGAAACUCAGAAAUCAAAUUUGCCAGGAGCAGUACCGACAGGAGGAGCCUCGCCUCAGAGGUCAGCGAGACAUACCACUGGGGACUUUACAUUAUCAAAUUUAUCUGAGAAACACGUAAUUCAAAAAGACGAAAUCUUCUACAGAGUUAACUUUAACAAAGAACACAAGAGCAUAGAGAAGUUUCGUCUGCACUGCACAGUGUGUGACGAGCACCUGGGUACGUCCAGUGUGGCGUGCCGUCGCAAGGUGCGCUUCCACAGUGUCCUGGGUGUGCUUGUGUGCACCACCUGUUACGACAAAACGUACAGAGCUCCUGCUGAUACUUGUCUGUGGUGUGCAAAGGCGAUGAUGAACAGUGUGAAAACUUGUUCUAAGUGUCGUAAAUUGUUUUGCGAGAGAUGUAUGCAGCGGAACUUUGGGCCUGUGUUUGCUUCAAAAUUAUUGGAAAAUACAACUCUUUGGGUAUGUUUUGUAUGUGACAUAAAACAGCUGUGGCCUCACCGAGCCAUCGCCUACUUCCUCUUCCGCCAUUACCGUUAUAUGAAGAGGAAAAAGUACGAGUUGUCAAAAUGCCAACCCUCAGUUCAAGGCCAAGCUGACAUUUUCACGGAAGACCUGACAUCUUGUUGCAAGGGUAGGACAAUAGGACCAAAUCCUAUAUCAAAUCCACCAUUGCUAUCUACUGUUGUAGCUGAAGCUUCUACAUCAAAUAACUUGAUACCUCCAAUGAUACCCAACUCCUCCGCUAUGGCCAUAGCCAGUCAGCCAUCUUUGUUCCUGAUUGGAGAUCAGUCGUCCAACUACAUCUAUGUACAGGCACCAAACAAUUUACCCUCAGUAACUCUCAACACUGGAACUCAAUAUAUUCACAAUGUUUUUACAGAUAGGCCGGCUCUCCCAAAUACAAUCACUUACCCCCUACCCUCUGAACAACCUGUUUUAUCACCCCAGUAUCAGAUCAACAACCCCAAUCCUCUACCCAAUUGCCAUCCUUCCCCGUAUUCUACUGUCACUACAAUACCUACACCGCAUCAAGAAUCAUCACCAACAACUCAAUCAAAUACUUUUCCAGUGAAUCCUGGUGAAUCUAUUCUUCUUAAAGCAGUGGACAACUUUAGGCCCAUAAUAAUGACUUCAAGUGACAUUUUGGGAGAAGAAGCUCCGAUGUUGAUUCCUGAUAUUGAUAUUCAAGAAGAAAAUGUUGUUGCGAGUCCCUUGAUGUCUGCCAGAGAGAGAAUCGAACAAAAGCCUAUGCCAAAAUCUAAAAAACAAUCACUUUUAAGAACUGUUCUCAUGAGUGAGAGUAUUGAAUCGAUGAAAAGAAAUCUGCAGCUAUCCUCUGAAACUGAUCCAUUGUCAGUUAAUGGUAAUGUAAAUACUCCAGUGACUGUACCUUCAACAAUAAGUAACGAAUGUGAACAGAAUAUUGAAGAACCAAUAUUGAAAUCAAUUAUCGAAACAGCGACUGAGCGCCUCAUUAAUAUCCAAAAUAAUCAAAAUUCAUCCAAUGCCAAUAAAAAUACUAGUCAACAAAACAGAUUUGAUAACGCUCCUGUUGAUGCAACGAUUGAUUUGUGUGAAGAUGAGGAUCCACUUGCUAUACCAAAGAUAAAGAUAAAAACUUUAAAAGAAUUGCAAGACCCUGAGAUGUUUAGAGGUUUUGAAAAUGAAGAAUCUGGCUCUGCUAUUACCAAACUCUCACCUGAAACUGAUAAACCCUCUGAUAAAGUAGAUAUUGAUAUUACUGAUUUAAAACAAGGAAUCAUAGAGACAUCAAGAUCCUUAAUAGGUACCCAGAAAAAGUUUAAAGAGUUGGCAAAGAUAAUCUCCAGUAAUCUCCUUUACAAACCUGAUCAGGCUGCUGAAUUAAUUACUCAAUUCCACGAUAUCCUAAAGACUUGCUAUGCAGAACUAGAUCAGAUUGAUAAGAAUGUUAGACAGAAAUUUGGGCAUUUGACCUCAGGCAAUGCCAUUGCUUCAAUACUGCAGUCAGUGAGGAAACCUGAAGAAGUUGCUAAUCCUGUGGUGCAAAAAAAGAAGAGAGGAAGAAAACGAAAGCUAAAACAUAAGCCAAAUGUUGUAGUAACACAGCCCAUAGUUGAACAGAAUGUCGAUGGUAGUAUUGAAGAUUUUGAGGAACCUCAAAACCAUCCCCGAACCGGAAAUAAAGUAACAAAUAAUACUAAUGUUGAAUCAUCGGAUAUGUUGCCCAGUCAUUCAAAAAGGAAGCGUGAUUUACUGGUUUUCAACCCUCUAGGAAAGGUUAUUUUAGGAUCUCCAGAAAUAACGGAAGAAGACUUAAGAAUGAUUCCUGACUCUUCGGAUUUAACAGAUACAAAACAAUCGAAACCGCUUCAUAAUGAGGUGUAUUUGGAGGAAAUCAGAAGACGUCAAUAUUUGGCGCAGAAAAUGGCAUGGAGGAAGAAGAACAUUUGGUUGAGUAGUAAACGGAAAAAGAACAAACAUAAGAAACGCUCCUUGCACAUCACAAAUUCUCCAUUGGCAUACAAUGAAGAAGGAUCCUUAGUAAAGAAGUCAAAGAAAAGAAGGAAAAAAAUGUUUGACAGUGACAAUGAAGAUACAUUUUAUAAACCUACCAACAAUCAAUACCCCAAGCGUAUACGAAGGCCUAGUGGGCUGUCUCCGCCAUUGAGAGUAUCUGGUAGGAAACAUCCGUCUACUCUCUUAGCUCAACUGAACACAGCUUCUGUUUUGAAACCGUGUAGUGUAGUGAUUGAGAAGUUAGACUCUAAGUUUGUUGAGUUGAUGGUAAGAAGAGGAAAGAAGUCAAAUAUUUCUUAUGAGCCGGUAUUCAAGUACAUUAAUUAUGAAAGCGAUUCCUCGAAUACGUCUUCAACCUGACUUAAUAAAGGUGUUCCCCUCAUAGGUUUACAGCAGUCAAAAGUAUAGAAGCAGGCACCACAAAUGCCACAACUUCUCAAAAGUGUAGAAAUGAAAACCCUAUUAUUCAUCGUUAUUUAGUAAUAAUUUGUUUUCAUUAAAAAAUGUAUCGUAUGUUUUCACACAAAACAUUCUAUUUGUAAAUUUUGUAUUUAUUUUUUAUUUUUAAUAACCAAACGAUUAUUGUUUACAUUUUUCAAUCCUAAAUUUAAUUAGGCCUGUGAAAGAUUUAAAACUAUGCAAUUAAAAAAACCUAUGAUCUUUAAAUCCCCCUUCCACAGCAAACCUGCAGACUAAAGGAAUUUCCAUUUGCCUGAUUUGAUUUUCAGUUUAGUCUAACGAGUACCUAGGUUUUGCUGCUACAAAGUGUAUCUUUAAUUAAAUUAUUAAUAAAUAAAGUAGGUACAUGAAUUAUAAAAAAAAAUAGCCUAGCAUAAAAUAAUAAAAUUUGCCAAAUUUGAUCAAAAUAUUUCAAUAAACCAUCAUUAUAGGAAUUUUAAAAUUUUUUUGAAUUUUCUCUGUAACUAAUAAUCAUACAAAAAACUUCAAUAUGCUAAAUUAAUGGUUUUUUAAGCUCUUUAAAACGGUCUAGAGAGAAACUGGGAUUUUUUUGUUUUUUGAGGGUAAAAAAUUAGAUAAACCAAUUUUUACCCCAUAAAACCCCGUUCCCAUAGCCCGAUCUUGCUGGUUCGGGAACUCAUUCAAGUUUAUCCCGCAUAACACCUCCAAGCCAAAUUUCAUCGAAAUCAGACAAAAAUUACUUAAGUUUUCACGUUCACGAACACAUAUAUAAAAAUUUGAAAAAAUAGUGUUUUUGGCCUCUGGGGACAUCAUAAUGAAAAAGUAAAUCGGUCCCGGACCUAGGUCUUACCAUGAGACCUACAGUAAUAGCUACUUCCCUACAGGGAAAUUCGCAAAAACUUUAACCAGGCUAAUGUAGGUUUUUACUUUCUCCAAUAAAUAUGUGACCCCCUGAACCCAAAAAAGUGGUUUUCGAAGUGAUGUCUGUCCGUGUGUGUCUUCAACUUUUGCGAUUUUCCCUAUAAAAUAUCACAGUUACUCCCACCGCUUGCCCAUGAUAAAGGUUGUGUCCACGAGAUUGAACUUAGAGUUACACACAAACAUCCAUACUUUCACACUUAUAUGUAUUAUUAUUAUUUUUUUAUUGUAUAAUAUAAUAUCUAAAGAGAGAUUAUAUUAUCAGUAGCCUAAUUUGUGUUUGAUCUAAGAGGAAACUGUAGUAAUGUAAAUGUCUUGCUGAUUUCAUGCACUAAUGAAAUUAAUGUAAAUGAAAUGAAUGCACUAGCCAUUGUGAACCAACUUUAUGUAAGUACUAAUUUUUGUAUAUUUUAACUUUAUUAAUUCUUGUGGUGUAUAUAUGUUGAUAUCCAAAGAAUUUUUUGUUACAAUUUGUAUUAGUGUAAGUCACGGGAAGAUUAGCUUUAUUCCCACUGCACAU